AUGAAAGGGCUUCCAGAAGAGCUCCUCAAUCAAGUCGUCUCCUACUUCGCCGUCGCUGGGCCCGAGUACGACCAGGUGGAUCUCAAGACUCUUACCCGCCUUUCACGUGUGUCCAAACAGUUCCACCGCAUUGUUCAGCCACACCUAUACGCGCAUCUCCGUGGCGGACCACGCGGCCGAUCCGCCAGACUCCUCCAAACCAUACAGAGAAAGCCCUGGCUUGGCCUCCAUGCGAAGAGUUUGAUCGCCAAUGGGACCGCCCUUACCGACCACCUGCAUCCUCAGCUACGUUUACGUGAUCUCUUGCUCGAGGACCCAGAUAGAGCUUCCUCAAAACGACGCCGGAAGUACUACAAGGCAAACUUCGGCGAGAUCAUAUCCCACUUGCCCAACCUUGAGUAUCUGGAUGUCUCCAAGCCGAAGGGAAAACUUCAGUUUGGCGAGCUGCCCCCCUGGCUGAACGCCAUUGAGAACUACAUGCUAGACCCGCUGCACGGGCGACCACCCUUCGAGAACCUAAAACGCCUCGACGCAGAUGUUCACGACAUUCGCCUCAUCGAACUCCACAACGUAUUCAAUCUCCCCCAGCUCCAAAUCCUAACCCUCCACAAUGGCACAAUGGAUUAUAGCUUGGAAAUGACCUCUCGAACCCGCCGUCAGAUCAUCUCAGCCUGGCGCUUCCACAACUGCACCCUUCGGCACCUCCGCUUCGUGGGACUCCAGCCCGCCCGUGGUAUCUGGGCUAUGCAACUGGUCGCCGGAUCCGUGCCCUGCCUCGAGGGCUUGUCCUUCAUCGGUGGCCCUGACCGCGGCUUCGGCGCCAACUUCCACCGCGCCAUGAUGGGUAUAUUUCUACCAGUCAUUACGAACCCCGAUUUCCUCCGCCUCGAAAUGUGGGACAUGGCGGCCACGGCUCCUAAUCAAUGGUGCAGCUACCGAGCCUUGCGCAGCUGGGGCAAAGUCGGCAACUACUCUCCCGUCAAGACUCUCAUCGUGGACGCGAAUAUCGUAGUGGGAAUGCUCGACUACGCGCAUCUGCCUCUUCGGUUAGAAGAGCUCUGGUUGCGAUCGAAUGCGGGUCCCACGACGGGGUUGACGCACCAGCAGCUUGGCGACUAUAUCAUGCGCUUUCAGCGUCCCAGGGUGUUCGUUCUAUAUCCCACGUUGAAGCGGUGUCGGUUCAUAUUGCAGGAGACGGAUGAGUUUACGCGGGCGUUGCUUGAGGAGCAUCGAGAGGCCAUUGAGAGGGUAGGAAUCGAUGUGAAUGUGAUGCUCUUGGAGAAGGAAAAAGACGGCGCUGCUGGGUUUAGGGAGAUUUGGGGGAUGAUGAGGUCUGCUCUAAGAUGGGUUAGGAAUGGGUUGGGACGUUGA